CGCUGGGCGAAAAAGAAGGGCGGUAACGCAAUGUCAACAUUGGGGAGUUUUUCGAUUCUGUUCUAAAAGGGCACGUGUAAAGGAAAGAGUCGUCCAACUUUUUGGAUGUCUGACGUCUUUCCAUUCAUCUGAAGGAAUUUAUUUUACAAGACUAGUUGUUACGCUUUCAACAUCACUAAAUAGUUGCAGCUGACUUGCUUUAUCGCAGCAGAUCAAAGUGUUGAGUGUCGUUCUAUUUUUAAUAAGCAGGGAGUUAACUGGAAGAACUGAUUGGAUAAAAUAAACCUAGCAACAUCCUUGAAGGAGAACUACCAUUAACACACGAUAGCCUGUCACUGUUUGAAUGCCAGUGGUCAGUUGAGAGGACGUCAUGGAGGAACGAGAACUAGACCUCAGCGUCUGGGUGAACAUCUCGCCCGAGUGCCCCCUCAACUCGGACGAAGAGAGCAGGGACAGCUCCCCGAAAGGGUGCCUCACCAUCGCCGAUAACCACGACAACGGCGACGAAGCUGACGAUAAUGGUCAUCAGGUGGUCGCUGAGGAUAAAAUGGACGAGACGGCAGACGAGCUGUUACAGAGGCUUGCAGGCCGCCAUGACGAUUUCCUAUCCACAGUAAAAUCACGUUACAGAUUUUCAUGUCUGACAGAACUGGAUGUCUCAGAGCAGUGUGCGGACCCGGACCUGAUUAGGUCCACCACGACGUCCAGUAUUUGGCCAUGUGACAUGGUCAAGGACACUUGGUUCAAGAUCAAAGUUUACAUUGCUCGUAGAUGUAAGCUUCCAUGUUGCCAGGAAUACACAUGGCCUCAAGAAUGGGCCAGGAGGCGCCAGUUCUCCUUGUGCAAAAAACAAUACAUGUUGAUCCCUAACCUGACCCCCAGAGAAACAGAAGCUAUUCACAGAUGGUCAGAUGUGAUCAAUAGUGCAGAGUGGCGUGAUGGCGACUGGAAUGAAAAAGGAAUUCUCGGGAUUACAGACAGCUCAAAGUUCCCUGCUUUGAAAGUGACUUGGAGCGUGAUGGAGGAGCAUCUAGCCACACUGGCAUAUAAUGACAAGAAACAGUUGGUUUUCCUGGCAGCCAGGAUUUGCGUGGAAGCUCUGGCUAAAAAUCGAGGCAUGUAUACUUACAGUCAACAAUACUGGGGAUUUGCCAGGAUUUGUACUGACCUGUUGAAAUCUCCUUACAGUGAAGUCCAAGAAGGCAUAUUACACGCACUGCAGCUAUACUUACGAACAUUGAAAAUUUUCCACUCCUGCUUCUCCCACAAAUGCACAGAGUAUGCUUCAGCUGGCUUGUUUCCUGUAUUACUGGAUCUACUGGAAAAAAGCUCACCAAAGAUACAGGCUGUCAUUAUGAAUAUCCUGGUUCUGAUGGGCAUGCAUGCUCCUUACAUCACACUUAUCUCCAACAUGGGUGGGCUCUCUGCUCUGAUCAGACUGGCAGACACGUCUGAUGACUUACUGAUGAGGAGAGUGCAUGCCUGUUUGGAAGUGGUUUCAAAACACACUCCAGUCCAGGCUAAGCUAAUAGAGGAAGGCGUCUUGCCGCUAGCUGUGCGACACUUUAGUCCAGAGUACUCCAGUAACAUCCAACUGAAUUGUUUAUUUGUCCUAAACAGCUUGUGUCAUAACCAUGGUGUCCUGGUCAAAACACUAGCAGUGGACAAUUACGCCAUCGUUAGAUCUGUGAUGAGAGUCAUGUCUGAGUGGACAUCAGUGUUUCCCACCACAGUAUCACCGACACAGUCACAGAACUUGAAUGUCACACAGAUACAGAACUGGUGCAGUCUUCCAAGACAGAAUCUCAUCUUACUGUGUAAAUUGUGUGUUGAUGAAUGUGCAUGCAAAGCAAUGGUCAAGAAAGGUUUGGUGUUGAAGCUGAAAGGGGUCUGGUACAGUUGUCCAUCAGGCAGUGACAGAACAUUGGUCAUGGAUGCCCUGGCCAUCAUGUCCAGGUUCACUAGACCUGCUGAGAAAAUUUGCUAUGAAGGUUUCCUGCACUGUUUCACAGAAACACUGAGUCACCAAGAACAUAGAGAACAAGUUCUGGAAGUGGCAUUGAAUCUUGGGAAGCGUCAUCUUCCUCUUAUGCUUGAGGCUGGAUUGAUUCAGAAAAUUGUGACAUAUUUUGGAGACAAAGAGUUUUCCAGAAGACUUUAUCCCAAUGUAUUGUCUAUUCUAUCAGCAUACAGUUCUAUAGAUAAAAUCAGAGAUUUACUGCUUGAGAAUGAAGGUAAAGCCUAUACACUGAUACUUGACACAGCCUUCUUGACCAAUGAUUUUAGCGUACUACAGAACUGUAUUGCUAUUGUCAGCAAACUGCACACUUCAGUUGUUCCCUCUGGUCUACUUAAGACAAACACAUUUAAUAUAGUGGCUUAUAUAGACAAGCUACUCAAGACAGGUCCAGAUGGUCUGGUGCUACAUGGUCUGAUGCAGUUACAAGAUUAUUUAAAGGUUGACUUUCUGUUUCAAUCAUUUCGUGAACACCAUAUACACAGAGUUGUUGAGAUUCUUUGUCAUCCUCCGUACAAACCGCCUGUGCAAUACAUGGCUGGCCGUGUACUUGAAACCCUGACAGGUGUUCGAAGCAGACGCUCUGGCAACUUUGAAAGCUGCAGUGACGAGCAGGCUAAAUCUGGCAGGACAAAGAGUGGUGAACUGAAACAGGACAGCAAGUACAAAGGCUCACGUUCCCAUGACAAGCUUGUGCGUGAAAAGCUCUUACUAAGUGACGAUGAUGAUGAGGAUGAAGAUGUUUUUGAGAAUGUGCCAAGUGAUGGAAGAACAGCCUGUGAGCCCAGCGUUAGACUAAACAUCAUAAGUGCAACUGAUGAUGAAGAAGAGGCCCAGGCCUGUGCAAGCAAGGAGGAUAUUGAUUUUGAGAUUGUCUCUACUAGUGAAUAUGCAAUGCUCUAAGUGCAAGACAUUGUUAAAGAAUACACUACAUUUAACUGAGUGUUGUUAAAAAAACAAGCUACCCAAUACUGUAAAGUGUAGAAUAUGCAAUGCUGUUCAAGACUGGCAUAUACAUUUUCUGUCAAGAUUGGAAUGUGCAAAUACUGUAAAUUAUGGAACACAUACAUCUGUAAAUUUAUGAUUUAAAUUAUUAUUUUGCACUUGUCCAAUGUCAUGUUUCCAAUUUUACCAUGACUUAAAUCAGCCCUAAGUAGAUGCUCACAUCUGGAGGCAGAGGUUUGGUCUUUUGUUGCUGGCUAGUUAGUACUUGUUAUUCUACAGUGAUACUGUAUGAUCUGAUAACAUUUGUACAUAUGUUAUGUAUCAAACACUUGAUGGUGUUUUCCUAACCUAUUGAUUUUUAUAGAAAUUGGGAUGUUGAGAUUGAUUUAUUUUAUCAAAUUUCAUCUUCUUUUUUUUUUAAAAAAAUGCAUUCUUGUGAUUACUGAAAGGUGCACUAUGUCUUCAUUGUGAUACUAUAGACAGGGUACAAGCCUAGAGGCAAAGAUUACAUCCUAGAUUUGUACUAACAGACUAUAUUUAUUUAGUUUUCUUACACUUUUAAUCAUGAUGCACCAUGGUAGAUAACUGUUUAAACCUAACUCUACAACCCAAUGUGAUGAGUUCAAGGCAUUCAAUGCUAUUCUAGGAUUGUUGAAUAAAAAAAAUACUUUCAAAAAGUAAAUCUCAUUUUCUUAGCAAUCUGAUUAGCUAAAUCAUUGAGACAAGGCAUUUAUAUAGGAGGCAUGGUGGUUGAGCACUUGGCUUCUGAACCUGGGUUCAAAUCCAGGAAAUUUUAAUUUUGCUGAUUUUUAGGGUGCCCCUGAGUUCAACCAAUUCAAUUGGGUAUCUGACCUUGGUUGGGGAAAUGAAAGGGUAGGUUUAGAUUGUUUUAUUGAUAUACACAGAUAUAGGUCACUAAAUAAAAAUGUAACUAUAUCGAGUGCUUUUACAUGUUUUGUCAAUGAAUGAUUUUAUUUUCUUUUUUUACUUUUAUAGUGAUUAAAAUAGUGGAGAAAUGACAA